UUCUACUUACAGACUUCUAUAAUAUGUGAAAUUAGUAUAUUUUCUUUUUUUAGGAUUUUUCUCAUUACUUUGUUAUCACUUCAAAAAAUUGACAGAUUCACCACCCCUCAAACAACUUUUGCUUGAGAGAGAGCAUGAUAAGUUAUCCAAGCCUGAUUAUCCUCAGUUUUAUUAUUUUUCCUCUCCCUUCAUCAUGCAAUCACCAAGGGAACACUCAUAGCCCUGCAGAGAUUGAAGUCACAGCACAUCUAAGAACAUGGCGAGCUCAACAUCCUUCUCCUUUUCAGCAUCACCUAAGAAAUACGCAUGGGGUUCUAAAUAUUAUAGGAUGGGGGACUUUGUUGCCGAUGGGAGCAAUAGCUGCAAGGUACUUCAGAAAAUAUCCAUUUAAGUGCAAGGAAUGGUAUUCAGUUCACAUAAUGUGUCAAACCGGUGGAUCCGUUGUAGGCACAGUUGGAUGGCUUAUUGGUAUGUUGCUUGGACAUUCUUCAAAGGGACACAGUAACAAAACGCAUCGCACUCUUGGGAUUAUUAUAUUUACAUUCACCGCCAUACAAAUGCUUGCCAUGUUUUGGCGACCUAAGCAGCAGGAAGAAAAAGGAUUUUCCAAUAAGUACGUGAAGAUAUGCCAUCAUCUUUUAGGCUACGCUCUAAUUGCUCUAACUAUAGCAAACAUAUUUGAAGGAAUCAAAAAUCAAGCUCAUCCUCCAAAUUGGAAAUGGCCUUAUGUCGCAAUACUUUGUGUUUUAGGUGUUACUGCUUUAGGGUUAGAAAUUUUCAAAUGGAUUAAAUUGAAAUUAAUGCAUUAGGCAGUGGAUAUCAACAGCAAUAUGUACACUUCUCCUUGA